AAUAGAUAUUUAUUCGCCGUCAUCAUCACGAAUGAUCACCAUCCCUUUCGUUGACAUAGACGCUAUAUGAUAUAUAAUUUAGAGUACAUUUUGUUCAGAGAUGUAGUAAGCAGGCAAAAACAACCUUGAAUAAUAAACCAAGUUCAAUUAAUGUAGAGAUGAUGAUAGCAUAUGGUGUUGUUGAUUAAAUUCUUUCUCGUGCUGUUUGAGGAAUCUGUAUAUGCAUAUAAAACUAGCACCACUUGUUGUGAGGUCAUGUGCAAGAUAAGAUUUGGGAAAGAGAUUUCAUUGAGAUUAAUUCUCCUUACUUGAUUUGCAUAUAAGUUAGAUCGUGUGCAAAAGUAAUCAGUCAGUCACCGUUCACUGUCUUGAUAGACACCAUUCGUGGAGUUUCGUCAUAAAAGUGUAAAACUUACGUUUUUUUGCCGGAUUUUCAGUUGGAAGAUACGAGGACAGCAAGAUGCGUCUAGUUCAAUACAUUUUGAAAAAUGACCCACAAGGAAUGCGUCAUCUUGGGGUACGCGUCGGCGAGGAAAUCGUCAACAUGCAAUCCAUCCGGAAAGGAGUGCCGAACACUCUGCUGGAAAUGCUGACCACCCACAAGAACUUUUUGGAUGAAGUUGAAACGAUGCCAAUGGACCAGUUUAAGGAGCGAGUGACAAUCAACCAGGUUAAUCUGCUGCCCCCAAUUAGUGGCUCGGAUAAGGUGGUCUGUGUCGGAAUGAAUUAUGUGGAUCAUUGCGAAGAGCAAAACUGCCCUGUUCCGGAAGAACCGAUAUUUUUCAGCAAGUUUUCAACCACGCUUGUUGGACCAUUUGAUCCGAUUCCUUAUCCCAAAAUGACAAAGGAGCUCGAUUUCGAAGUUGAACUUGCAUUCGUAAUUGGUAAAAAAGGCAAAGACAUUCCUAUAUCUUCAGCCAUGGACUAUGUGCUUGGUUAUACUACGGCACAUGAUGUCUCUGCUCGAGAUUGGCAACUUAAAAAGAAUGGGGGUCAGUGGCUUAUUGGAAAAACUAUGGAUGCUUUUAGCCCUAUCGGACCACACAUUGUGACAAAAUCGGAGAUUCCAGAUCCCCAUAAUUUGGCUAUCAAAUGCCAUGUGAAUGGAGUAACGGAACAAAAUAGCAACACUGGUCAAAUAAUUCAUCGUGUCGACAAGCUGGUGUCAUUUUUGUCCCAAUUCUGUACCCUGCUUCCUGGAGACAUAAUACUCACUGGAACACCACCCGGUGUUGGCGUCUUUCGAAAGCCUCCACUAUUUUUAAAGAAAGGGGAUGUUGUGGAAUGUGAAAUUGAAAAAAUUGGACUAAUUCGAAACGAGAUUGUGUAGAUGAAUGACAAUAAUACUCUACCAUGAGAUGUGCAAAAGAUGCAAAACUCUGAGAUCAACAUUACAAAAAAUUAGUUGACCAAUAAACAAAUCUUAAAUAAGCA